AUUAAUUGUUUUACAGAACAGAGAGUAUCUUACAUAGCGGGCAAGUUGCAUAUAUAUACAUAUAUCGUAUACUAUUUAAACAGAAUGAAUCGACAAUUUUCCCAUGAAAAAAAUUCAAACGAAACUACGUUCGAAUCUCGAACAAGGCACAAGGCGCAAGCCCUACUAAAGCAAAGUGUUUUGCCGUACAGUAACUAUGACUACGCUCAAAAGGAGACACCGAUAAUACGUCUAAGUACGCGUUUCGUCGAGAAAUAAUUCAGUUGCUGAAAGGACCGUUCUCUAUCGGUGCGGUAUGAACGACAAAGACGACAGUGCUUGGGUUUUCGAUUCCCUGAUCGGUUUCCUUCAGGGUCCGAUCUGGUCCGCGCCUCUGGUCACCUUCAUAGAAGAAAAAUCGCUGAUAUUCGAAGCGGAUACAGAGGAUCACGACGAGUAUCAAAAAAUAUAUCAAGAAUACAAAAAUCUGGUGGAUUUAUUGCUCGGCUGUUUCAUGGAAGACAUGGGGAUCACUCCGGAACAGUUCGAGUAUGCUUGCACUGUAAACAAGUAUACGAAAAUGCCCAUACAGUUCCAACAGAACUUGUUCGAGCAGAUAUGGGCCGCGAACGAGUUCGAGAUAUUUAAAAGGAUGAUGAUACAGAAAAAUCUGGAGCUACAGUUGCAGGCGUUGAACAUGAUCGAGCAGAAGUACGGGCUGACACCUGCAUCCUUAAUGUACGAGACCACUGCGAUAACCGAAGAUCCGUUGGUCAUGGAAGAGAUCAUUCAGAAACACGUGCUGGAAGAUGUUUCGGACGACGACCCGGAGAUAUCCUCGGAAACGUCACUUAUUAAAGAGCACGAACGUCUGGCAGCGAAGUAUAAUAGCGAACGGGCGUUGUUGGAAGAAGCUCUGAAAGUUUCACAGGAGAAGACACCCGAAAAGGAGACGCAUUCAUCUUCGAUAGAAGAAGAGGAAAUAAAAGAAGUCGAUGAGAAAGAGGUCGAUUCAUCGGACUCUGAAUCCCCUGUAGAACCGAAACCAGAAGUGUCGGAAGAAGAUGUGAAGAAGAGGCAGGCUUAUCUGAAGGCCAGGCGCGAUAAAUUGGUAGCGUUGAAGAAAGAAGCGAGGAGCCAACGACUCGAGAUGAAUUCAAAUUUCAGCAGACCCAGUUCCGCCAGGUCAGUGGCGGAAGCGACGAUUAAAGGGGAACAGGAACUAAAAUUGUCGGAAUCCCUGGAACCGUCUGUUAUGCAAGCUCGUAAAGCACUCGCAGUUCGUCUUCAAGCCGAGGUGAUACGCAAGCAAACUGACUAAUACGAUUAUAGAAGUAUUUCAGCGAGAGAAGGGAUAAAAGUUUGUUGCCCGAUUGUGAUUAAAUAAUAGAAAUAGUCUCUUAAGGUCACUUGUACUCUCUCGAUUCGAUGCGAGGCGAUGACUGCUCACAAACGAAAUCUCUGAGACGAACAACUUAAGGAACGCAAGUUUUCUAAUAACUAUUUGUAUAGACCAUAUUGCCAGGAAUAAAAGAAACAAAUUCCUACUUACUUCUGCUUCGAGUAUAAAUAAAAUGAUGUCGAGAAAGGAAAA